AUGGCUGCCUUCCCUCCCCCGCCAGUCAACACGAUUGACUGGUCCAAUGUCGGCUUCCGUGUCCGUGAGGUCAAUGGCCACAUUGAGUCGACCUACUCCAAACAGACGGGCAAGUGGUCACCCCUGCGCUUCGUGACAGACCCCUACAUACGCAUCCACGGCAUGGCGCCGGCCCUCAACUAUGGCCAACAGGCCUACGAGGGACUCAAGGCCUUCCGCAACCCCGAGGGCGGCAUCCAGAUCUUCCGCCCUGACCGCAAUGCCGCCCGCCUCCAGCACUCGGCGUCGUACAUCUCCAUCCCGCCCGUCCCGACCGAGCUCUUCAUCGACGCCGUCAAGGCUGCCGUGUCCCUCAAUGCGGCCUACGUUCCUCCUCACGAGACUGGCGCCGCCAUGUACAUCCGGCCCCAGAUUUACGGCUCCAGCGCGCAGCUCGGCCUCAGCCCGCCCGAGGAGUACACUUUUGCCGUCUUCGUCCUGCCCACGGGCGUCUACCACGGCACGCACCCCGUCAAGGCCCUGAUCCUCGACGACUUUGACCGCGCCGCGCCCAACGGCGUCGGUAGCGCCAAGGUCGGCGGCAACUAUGCCCCCGUCCUGCGCCACAGCGACCGAGCCCGCGAGCAAGGCUAUGGCAUCACGCUGCACCUCGACAGUGCGACACACACCGAGGUCGACGAGUUCAGCACAAGCGGCUUCAUCGGCGCCCUUGUCAAGAGCGAUAACGAUGUCACUCUCGUGGUGCCCGACUCGCACAAUGUCAUUGCCAGCGUCACCUCCGAGAGCAUCACCGAGAUCGGAAAGAGCUUCGGCUGGAAGGUUGGGCGCAGAUCGAUCAAGUACACCGAGUUCCCUCAGUUCUCCGAGGUCAUGGCGGCCGGUACCGCGGCCGCGCUGGUGCCAAUCCGGUCCAUCACACGCAAGACGGCGGCCACGGCGGCCAACUCGAUCGCGUCGGCCGUCGGUCAGCACGAGCGGCUCAGCGGCGACGCCGAGUCUGAAACGGUGACGUUCCUGCCGGCGAGCCAGGAGGACGCCGGCCCCAUCUGCGCCAAGCUGAUUGCGCAACUGCAGGGCAUCCAGCUGGGGCGGGUCAAGGACCAGUUUGGCUGGAACUUUGCCGUGUCUCGCGAGGACGGGACCAAGGUUGCCGGCGAGACGAAUGGCAGUGCUGCGGAGGGGCAGACAGUGGAUCAGCUGGAUUAG